AUGGCCCCAGCAGCCACCAAACUCACAUUACCAGGCUCCAACAGCCACCAACCUCACAUUACCAGGCUCCAACAACCACCAACAUCCUCCUACCAGGCUCCAACAACUAUCAACAUCCUCCUACUAGGCUCCAACAACCACCAACAACCAGGCUCCAACAACUACCAACAUCCUCCUACCAGGCUCCAACAACCACCAACCUCAAACUACCAGGCUCCAACAACUAUCAACAUCCUCCUACCAGGCUCCAACAACUAUCAACAUCCUCCUACUAGGCUCCAACAACCACCAACCUCAAACUACCAGGCUCCAACAACUACCAACAUCCACCUACUAGGCUCCAACAACCACCAAACUCAAACUACCAGGCUCCAACAACUAUCAACAUCCUCCUACCAGGCUCCAACAACUAUCAACAUCCUCCUACUAGGCUCCAACAACCACCAACCUCAAACUACCAGGCUCCAACAACUAUCAACAUCCUCCUACCAGGCUCCAACAACCAUCAACCUCACAUUAUUCCACUCCUACAACCAUCAAUCCCCGGCUGCAACAAACUCAAGGCAACCACCCGACUUCAACAUCCUCUUUUCUCCGACAGCAUCUGGACAAGUUCCCCUCCCCAUUCCACUCCGCAUAUCGUUGCUUACUCAAAACUUAGGACACCCCCCAUCCAGCCCACAGGUCCACCCCAACCACCAGGACCCCGUCCUGCCUAGAGUCACGCUGUGGGGGAUCAGCGUGUUUGCUGAACGUGAUACAUCAGGACCUGGCGUGGAGAGUCGGAGCAGGCCGCUAAGUUGCUUGUCUGUGGAGCUUCGUGGUCUGCCAUGUUCCCUUGUCUCUGUGGCGUCAGUACAUCGUUACCCCUUCCCUGUAACACCGGCACCCCUCAGUACAUCGUCGCCCCCACCCUGGAACAUCGCCACCCCCCAGUACAUCGUUACCCCUUCCCUGGAACAUCGCCUGCCCCCAGUACAACGUUAUCCCCACCCUGUAACACCGCCACCCCUCAGUACAUCGUUACCCCCACCCUGUAACAUCGCCACCCCCGAGUACAUCGUUACCCCCACCCUGGAACCCCGGCACCUCAGUACAUCGUUACCCCUUCCUGGAACAUCGCCACCCCUCAGUACAUCGUUACCCCAACCCUGUAACACCGGCACCCCUCAGUACAUCGUUACCCCCACCCUGGAACACCGCCACCCCUCAGUACAUCAUUACCCCACCCUGGAACACCGCCAUCCCCAUUACAUCGUUACCCCCACCCUGUAA